AUGGUAACCGUGAUAGAGACAACAAACGAAGAACAAACACGUUUAUACGAUUCGCUGUUAAACUGGGGAAAUAAUUAUUUACUGGCUAUGCUAUUAUCGAAUUUAAUCUACAUCACUUACAUCCACUGCUUGUUCACUACCGUUUCAUGCAUUGGCUUUUUUGGUAUACCCGGUGACUACUGCCGAAUACGAUCGCCGACUUGUUGUCCGAAUCGUGAUGAUGAUUGUACGAUGCCGAUUCUGGGUAAUCACCUCUGCUACUGUGACGUUUUCUGCGAUCGAGUUGAUAGCAACGAUUGUUGCCCGGAUUUCAAGGAAGUUUGCCUAGGUGAACUGCCACUAAUGCCGACCGACGGUAAGGUUGCCAUUAUGGUGGCAUUAAUUACAACGAAUAUGAUUCGAUUCAAAAAAACUGCAAUAAAUGCACAAGAAUCUGAGCAAUCUUUUUUCACUGAAUGUAGCGGAGAACGGAAUUUGGAAUAA